AUGGCUUUCUCGAUGCUUACUUCCAAUCCUCUUAAACUUCUUAUGGGUGAUGGUGAGUCUGAUUUUGUGGUGACUCUCUCUUUGGUUCAUCAGGAUAGUACGAUGUUGAAUGUGAAACUUCAGCUUUUUGCUCUUAUUGCAAAGCAACCAGUAUUCCACCAGCUCCGCUCAGUUGAGCAACUUGGAUACAUAACAAUGCUUACGCAGAGUUAUGAUUCUGGCAUCCAAGGCUUGCAAUUUAUUGUCCAAUCAACGGCGAAGAGUAAUGUAAAUGCGCUGAUUGAAAUGAAGCUUGAAAAGCCCAAAAAUUUGAGCGAAGAAACUUCAUUCUAUUGGGGAGAAUUUUUUUAUGGCACCCUAAAAUUUGACAGGAGCGAGAUUGAGGUGAGUCCCUUUUCUUAA